AGCUGGCCCUGGACUAUGGAAUCAAGUUCAUGGAGACCAGCGCCAAGGCCAACAUCAACGUGGAGAACGCAUUUUUCACUCUCGCCAGAGACAUCAAAGCAAAAAUGGAUAAAAAAUUGGAAGGCAACAGCCCCCAGGGGAGCAACCAGGGAGUCAAAAUCACACCAGACCAGCAGAAGAGAAGCAGCUUUUUCCGAUGUGUUCUUCUGUGAGGAAUGCCGCCUUACUCUGAGCCUCGCUCAGCCGAGCUGACUGUGCCUGUCCUGAGUGAGCCCCUCACUCAGCCGGGGCCCUCCCCCCCCCCACCACCCCCGCCGCGCUGCGGCCACUGGGCCCAUGGUCACCGGGCCCGCGGCCACCAGAACACAAUCGAGAAAUUGUUUAUUUUAGUAACUGAUCUUUUUCAACUCUGGAGAUGGAAUGAGUUAAGAAUCUGCUAUCUUUCCUGCGACGUCCACCGAAUGGGUCCACGCACCGUGUAAAACUAGAGAGAGAGAUGGAGUCGCGGCAUGGCCGUCAGUAGAAGCCCACAUGGCAGGCCUCCGUCUCUGGGCCACGACACAGCUAGAGCCCCGCCGGAAGGCCCGUCCACGUCCCCAGCGGCAGAAGCGAGGCCCCCCAAAGGCCAGUGAUAGCUCUAGGAGCACCGGGCUCUGCACCCUGAGCGAGGCGACUCACAUCAGGCCCGGGAAGCAUCUGCCCAACACAUCCGAGGCCCACUUUCACCUCUUCUCUCAGUUUUUGGACAAGUGACAGAAACCAUUAUGCCCUGCGGCCCCCCCCCCCCGCCACCCUCCCACCCCAUUUUAACUCAAACCAAAGGGAAGCACAAAUCCUGAGGAGAGAAGCAUGGGGUGGCCUUUCCUGUUUACAGCCAGGGUUUGCUCCCGUGGUCCAGCUGGGCCUCAGGCACGGCCAGUAGGUCCCUCUGCAGUCCCCACCUGAGCACCGAAGGAUCACCGUGUGUGCCACAGGUGACCUCCAAAACACAGUCACACACAGCCCACCCUUGACCGGGGCACCCACUCCUCUUUGUCUUCCUACCGUCUCCAAGUCGGACAUUCUUUCUAGAGAUUUUUAUUUUUCCAGAUCUGUAGUGCCAGGAGGUGGUUCUGUCUUUGAUUUCCAGUAUCAGACCCAGGUGAUCGGGAACACACGCACACACCCCCACCCCACCUUGGACAUGUGGCUGAGAGCGCAGGGUGGCCUGCGGGGCCUGACUGCACCGCAGUCUGGGUGGGUUCUUAACUGCCAUCGCCCGGUUCUGUUUUGACAGCUCUGCCUUCCCGUAGAGACUGCAGUCGGGACCAGGUAAUCAGGUCAGAGGGGUGUCACCAGGGAGCCUUUCUUUUUCUUUUCUGAAUUAAAACCAAACAUACCAGCAAUAGUCUCCUCUCCCCUUGGAAUCUCUUAACAUGCUCUGUUUACAUCAAUAAAUGCACUUAAGGAAAGCAAAUUAAAGCUCAUUUUAAAGUUAACGGAUUUUUAUGUCCGCAUUUUCCGUGUAGGUACACGGAUGUAGCCAAACGUUGGGUUCACAGGAUGCCCACUAUUUAAAACACAGCCCAGGCCAUCGGGGCCUUGGGUCUGGACAAGAUCAAAGUAGAGGCAGUGGGUUACCUCAAGCUGGAGAAGGUCACCCCAAUCUCUGAGGAGGUGACACUAUUAUCAAAAGACUGACUUGGGGAACAGAAGCUUCCCAACCCACCCCCGCCAAAUACAUACAUAUACACGCAGCACCGGGAAACAGAGAGGUGUCCCUCUCCACAGCACCACUUUGUACACCACAGCCCCUGCUUAACCCGCUUGGGCAAUAUCAGUCCCCAUCAUGCCACCAAGCUUCUCUUGUCUUAUCUCCACUGGACCCAUCUUGCCAAGUUGAAUGCUCCCCUGUAAGCCCCCCUUACCUCUUAGGAGCACCACCCCUCCCCAAGAUCCUGCUUCAGACCCACAGCACAACCAGGGGCUGAGCCUCAGUUCCCUCGUCUGUAAAAUGGGCACGAUCAUAGUUCCCACCUCAUAGGAUGGCUAUGGAGAGCCCGUGAGAGGGUGCAUCCCAGGCUAUCAUCAUAUUCAUAUCCGUUAUCAGCAUCAUGCGUCUCGUGCCCCAAGAGAAAAGCUCACCUCUCUUUUUUUACAUCUGGUCCCUAACGGGGAGCAAGUCAUCCAAGUAGCUUACAGCUUCGAGCUGUAAGUAUUUGCCCCAUAAUGCCCCAAAUUUCCGCCAGUUGCCCCCAACCAGGUCAGGUGGAGUCCUUGAACUCCUCAGUGCCAGCUUGUACCAACUUCUUGCUCAGAGAGUCAUUACUGUUCCUUGUUUCUAAAGACUUUGCUGGGGUAGCAAGUGGGGAAGCAGCCCUUCAGCUACCGUCACCUUGUACUGAGACAGAUGAUACCUCAGCUUAUUCUUUUUAAUAACAGCUUUAUUGAGAUGUAAUUCACACACAUACAAUUCACCCACCUAAGUGUGCAAUUCAGUAGUUUUUACUAUAUUCACAGCCUCGUGCAACCGUCACCAGUCAAUUUUACAACAUCUUUACCACCCAGUCCCCAUUAGCGGUCACUCCCAUCUUCCCUCCCUCAGCCCCCGGCAACCACUGACCUACUUUCUGCCUAUGGAUUUGUCUGUUCUGGACAUUUCAUAUAAAUAGAAUCACACACUGUGGUCUUUUGCAUCUGGCUUCUUUCACUCAGCAUAGUUUUUGAGAUCAGUCAUGAGAUUCAUCCCUUUUUAUGGCUGCAUAGUAUUCCAUCGUGCAGCUGGACCACAUCUUUUAUGCAUUCGUCCAUUGAUGGACGUUUAGGUUGUCUCCACCUUUUGGACACCUUGCCUGUUGUUUGCUUCUCAAACAUGCCAAGUUUGUUCCUAUCCCAGAGCCUUCGCCCUCCCGUCUCCUCUUCUGCCAGCCUCUCCUGCACGUGGACUUGUGUGGCAUCAGUCUCCCCGUGGACUCUGAGCUCCAUCAGGACAGGGACAGGGCCUGUUUUGUCUUCUGCUUCAUCCCCAGCAUCUAACACGGUGCCCACAGUUGGGGCUCAGCCAGUGGUUGUGGAAUGAAUGAAUGAAUAGAAUGGAGGCAUUGGAGAAUGAGAGGACUGUGAAAUUGCGUAAAGCCCUGAGUUGACAGAGCCUAAGGGCUUCCCCACUCCUGACAUCUGCAGCCCCAGCAUAUCCCUGGACUGAGACACCGUUGUGGCCACCUCUCCUGAGAGCCACCCCAGAUGGGGGCCAGUGAAUAUCCCACUCACCAGCUGGAGCCUCCAGUGAGAAGCCCAGACCUGACUUUGGAAGGGUAAUGGGUUGACUACAGAGGGACAGGGGCCUUGGAGUCCCCCAGUCCCACCAUCUCUCUGCUGGUCCCCUUCUGGAACAUUCCUCUGAGGGCCGUGUAUCUAUUCACAGUUUCAAAGACUGUGGUCACCAAGAGAUGGGGGAUGAUUCUGUUGCGACAAUCUCAGGGGAGGACAUUAGUUUGUGAAAGACCACAUCCCCCACGCAGGUCACGGUAAACAGGGCAGUGCCCUCUGUGGUGGGGCAGGCCGGAGGUGGACUGAAACACCUCAUGUUUCUGGAGACUGAACUCCAUGUAAAUGAGAUCCCCGGUGGCCAGACUUUCUAAGUGACAAGGGUCUCUUGGGCAAUACUGAUCCCCUUCCCAAAGCAUUGCUCCUCUCCUCGAGGCUGGGAGCCGGUCCACUGGGCCAUGAAAGGCAUGGAGGAUCCGAGAGGUGAAGUGAGUUGCCCAAGACAGUCCAGCUUGUGAGGUCUGGAGGUCAAGUUUCCAUCUCCCUCAGCCAGGCACAAAGGCAUCAGCUUAAUUCCCAGUAAAGAGUCCUAACGUUAAUCUUAACUGAGCCCCGUGCUGCAUGCUUGAAGGUUGCCUUGCCUCAUCAUCAUCAUGUGACUAAGGGGGGCUAUCAUCGUGCCCACUUCACAGAUGAGGAAACUGAGGCCCAGAGAGUUUGAGUGACUUACCCAAAGCCACACAGUUAGUAAAUGAGAAACCAGGUCCCGUGUGUCUCCUGUUUGAGCCUUACUGAGCCACAGACUCCAGGACAAGGUCAGCACCCCCCUCAACAACCCCCAGAGCAGGGGGAGAUGGGGGCAUCCAGCUUGAGCCUGAAAUGGCGGGAGGGGGCUAUCUAGACCAGCUGCACCAGGGUGAUAGGUCCACAGGGAGGCCCCCAGCUCAGCCGCAAGGAUCUGGGCUGUUUCUGUCUGAAAAGGGAGGAGGAAGUGGUUUUGCCUGUCGGGGAGGGGUGAGGCAGCCAGCACACAUCUGGAGCUAGCUGAUCCGUUAGGCAGGGGUUCCCACACUCAGAGCCCACAAUGUGUGUCGGGGCCCCCAAAAUGUUUUAGUUUUUUAAAAUCGGGAGAAAAAAAUGGAUACAAUAAUAAUGAAUAUAUAAAAUGAAUCCAGCCUGGAUGACAUUGGUCUUGAUGUCAAUGCGGUCGUAAAAUAUAAUUUUAAAUGGAUGUUUGCUUUUUGGUUUGUUUUACAGAGGAAGCCAUAAUGUAGCCCUGUGCACACAGGCCUCAGCCUGUCCAGGCUCAAUCACACCUCAGGGCCUUUGCUUGUGCUUUUACCUCCUCCUAGAGCACUCUUUCUGUUCAAUAACCCCCCAAUCACACUGACUCCCACCUGCCCCCAAUGCCCUUUCCUCCUGAUCAGUUAGGCCCACUCUGGGGGGUUCUUGCAACUCCAGUUUCCCUUUCCUGACAGGCUUUCCACUUUGAAACAACGACAUUAAUCAUUUCUCACUCCUCUUCAUUGCUGGCCAGGUUAUAGAUGCUGGGACGGCAGGACCUAUACCUGUCUUCAGGUCACCUCUUUGUUCCUUGAGGAUCUGGCACACAACAGGUGCUCAAUAAAGGCUUGUCGCAGUCUGGAUGGAGCAAGGGGGUCCCUCCACUGGCACGCAACUUAGCGGCUCCAUAGGGCUGCAGACUGGGGGAGGGGGAGGAGGGUUGCCCUAGUCCCCGCCCAGGGCUCACCUACUUAAGCAAACAGGAACCACUUGGGGCAACGCCCCGCCCCGCUGACGUGCAGACCCUGAACCGAAACCCAGGCUCCUGCAGGUGCCGAGGCACAGCCAGAGUGAGGGCCUCGGGCCCCCCAGGGGUCUCCCAGGUACGUGCCUACUUCUGUGCCCACCCCAUUCUGGGUGAGACUCGGGCCCCAAGAGCCUCGGCCUCAUCUCCACCCUUGAGAAGAUAGCACAUGGGGGCCAUGCGGGGCCAGAAGGAGGGACAGGGCGGGCGGGGUCCAGAGAGGCAGGAGGAAUUUUCUGGGGGCACUGAUGAGUGACCAUUGGAAAGUAGAGUUGGCGUUAGGGAAAGAGUGUUCCUGGCAGGGGCACAGCAUGGGCAAAGACAUGGAGGAGAGAGAGCUUGACCAGUUUGGGGAAGAGCAAGGAUAUGGGGAAUAAGGAGGUGGGCGAGGGCCCAAUGCAAGGGUCCGGAGUUUAGAACUUAGUGUGGCUUCAUUCAUCAGCCAACAGCCCUGCAUCCGCCUCUGUGCCCACCCAGUGCCAGGUGAUGCUGGGGACCCAAAAAAAUCCAAAAGAACCUAGCCCUGGACCAGAUCCCCAAGAGCCCCUAAUAUUGGGGAGACAGAGCCAGACACAGACACUUCAUGAAGCAAGGCUAGACCAGAGUCAGGAACGGUGGGGAAGAUGGGGACAGAGAAGGAUGCUCAGGGAUUUGUCUUGGAGAAGAGGCAAGAAAGCUGCCUGCAGGAGGGAUAUUUUUGCUGAGUCUUAAGUAAGAGUUCUCCCAGGUAGAAAAAAAGAACAAGCUUGUAAACAUUACCUCAGGCUAGGUCACUACUGGAUUCAUGAAUGUUCAUUAUGUGUAUAUAAAUACACACACACAUACACACACAUACAGUGCUUACCUCUGUGCCAACUGUACCCUUUCAGGUAAUUACCAUCAUUAGCCCCAAAGUGCAGAUGAAAAUUCAGGCACAGAGAGGUUAAGUGACUUGCUCAAGGUCACACAGCAACUAAAUGAGGGAGCUGGGGUUUGAACCCAGGUUGUCUGGCUCUGAUUGGGCUCAAUUGAAUUGUCACCCUGCUUUAUUUAACAUUUCUUAAUAGAUCUAUUUAAUUUCAUUUGCUGCAGAAUUCUUUUGGGUCCUUCCCCAGAGGAUGUGCUUGGGAGCCUGCAUUCUGGCAGGAGAAAGUCAAUAUUGACUGGGUUGGUAAUCACAUCCCCCUCCCUGUGGAAACAGCUUGGUGACAAAGACCUUCUGAGAUAUUGAAAAAUUAGACCAGUGCGGGUAGGAAGCAGGACCAAGCUGCAGUUUGGAGACAGAACUAACGGUAAGAGUGAGGGGUCAUAUGCGGACAACCCAGAGGGGCAGAAUCCUUUUGCUGGUUUUUCAAUGACUUAUACUGUUUCGCAAAUUGCUGCUGUUUUCUUUCUCUGUUUUCCAGCUCUAUGUCAUUGGCUCACAAAGUCCAGUGGUACCUGAGCUUAAAACUGUUGACAAUGAGUGUGAAUUAACCAUGCACCUGACAAGUUAUAGGUGUGCCAUCUGUAGCCACCACUCAUGGUGACGAUGGUGGCAGAAGCAACCGUUUGGGGCCACAUCUCUAUAGUGUUUACUGACACCAUGGCAACCUUUUGUGGCACCUGCUGUGCACCUGCUAUUUCAUUCAUUCAUUUAUCAUUUUGCCAUCUCCACGUCCCUCCCGGGACAGUGAUAGUUACUUAAUAUUUAAAUAAACUCAGUUCUUAAAUACGCAUAUGUUUAUAAAAGGGACUUUCUAAUACUUGUAGUAAUGGCAUAAUAAGAAUAAAAGGAAAAAGAAAAAUCCUUGGGGGGGAUGCUGUUUUGGGGCGAGUUGAUGAACGAAUGUGCAUAAAGUACCACCAGCACAUACUAGGUGCUCCAGAAACACAAGCCACUUUCAAUCCUGUUGCUCUGUCUGGCCUGGAGGACUUCUCAAAGGUGGAGCCACCAUGAGCUGCAUGAAUAGAGCAAAGGUGGGAGGUGGACCAGGCUUGACUCGCUUUCCUCCCUCCCGUCCCCAGAUCAUCCUUCGCCCCUGGAAGCCAUGACAGAGGCCAGAAAGCUGCCCCCACCACUGCCUCCACGACUGGACUGGUUCGUGCAGACUCAGCUGGACGAGUUGACCUGUGGGGGGAUCCCUGAGUGGUUCCACGGUGCCAUCUCGAGAGAGGAUGCCGAAAACUUGCUGGAGUCACAGCCACUGGGAUCCUUCCUCAUCAGGAUCAGUCACAGCCACGUGGGCUACACUCUCUCUUACAAAGCUCAGAACUGCUGCCGCCACUUCAUGGUGAAACUUUCGGACGAUGGGAGCUUCACGAUCCCUGGGGAAGAGAGAGCCCAUGCCUGUCUAGAUGCCUUGGUCAUCUUCCAUCAGCAGCAGCCGUUGCGGCCACACGGGGAUCUGCUGACACAGCCCUGCCGGCAGGAUCCAGCCAAUGCAGAUUAUGCGGAUCUCUUCCUUUGCUCCAACGCAUUGGCUGAGGAAGCCACCAGCUCUGCUCCUGGUCUCAGCAAACAUCAGAAUCCCUCCUCUUGUCCCGUGGCCCCACUUGAGGAGUUUCAGGCCUCCGCAAAGCCAGUCCUGCUCCAUCGGACAAAAGAAAGGAAGCCGUUGGCAGAGCCGGACAGGGCGUCCACAGAGGAACCUACGUCCUCCUGCCCCCCAAAAGCUCCUCUUGAGGAGGCCCGCCAGAAACUCUGGAGGAAUCUCAAGAUGAUCCCCCAGACAGGCAAGAAGGUCCAGCAGCAGAUGAAAUCCCACCUGGCGGCUGCGAGCUCCUCGUCGCUCUGGUAUGCCAAGCCAUCGGUGGUGACCCACAGCUCGGGGGCCAAGGCAGAUGACUCAAUCUGGGAAAAUAACGUCUACACAGACCCCUCUGUAGCCACAUCCCUCGCAAGCCCCUCACAGCCCCAAGCUCCAAGAAACAGAGAUGACCCCUCCCAAAGAGUCUCAAGGUCAGUCAGCUGGAGCGAGGCAACCACCAGGGUCAAGGACUGGCACCAGGCAGUAGUGAGGGCCCUGUCCUCACAGGUGUCCAAACCAGAGCCAAGGGACUUGAAAGAACCACAGGAUUGUCUCCCUGAGGAGUACCGCCACCCGCCACCCUUCGCUCCUGGGUACUGCUAGGUUCUUCCUGGCUCUGGGACCCUCUCUGUCGGGGGCUGUUCAUACCUGGACCUCUUGCUCUCUGCCACGACCCACUAUCCCUCAGGCACCUGAGAAGUGUAAUAAAGACAUUGCUUAGGUCUGGUCUUGCA